UAAUUACUUACUCUAUUUAUUAAUUAUUUAAAAUUUGUCUGUCUGUUACAUUCACACUCAUACACCAACAUGUAACGCAAGUAAUACCAUCUGUCAGUAAAAUAUUGAACUAAAAUUUCUGUUCAGUUGAAUAUGAAGAUUUCUUUUUGAACUUUUAUUUGUGUUGAAAAAUUCAAUGGCGCUCGUUUAAUCAUUUGACUUAAAGACAUUGAUAAGAGAAGUUAAAAUAUGGCUGAGAAUCUCGCUGCUAAUUUGUUUGCGUUAAUAAAAAAUGAAUCUGUAAAAGCUGAACAGUGGAAACUUUUGGGACAAGAGAAAGACUGUUCGCUUUUGGUCGGAUGGAUCGAAGAAAACGAAAUUCUUGGUGAUUCAUUAUCGCGCUCAGUAAUUGGACAUUACGAUCGUGGUAAAGAAAAUCUUGAGGUAUUGUAUCAUUUUCCGAGUGUACUAAAUGUCGUCCAAGCGACGAUAAAUCAAAGCCACACUUUACUUGGAGUUGUUGUUAAAGAAAAAAUAAAAGUACCUAAAGAAGAUGAUAAAGAAAAUCAAGAUGAGGAUAAUGACAAUGAUAAUGAAGAAAAGAAAGAAUCAGACACGUGUUUAGAUACUGAAUUAGAAGUAUACAAAGCUUUUAUAAUUGAAUUAGAGUCAGAUGAUAAAAAAAUACACACUGUGAUUACUGAAAGACGCAAACAAAUUCGUAUACAAUUUUUAUACAAACAAAAACGUCAUACAGGUUUAGAUAAAUUUAUAGUUUUAAUUCAUCACGAGUGUAUAAUUAUGUACACUGCGAUAUUUAAUAGCUCAUCGGAUGUAGAUACAAUAAAAGAAUUAAAGUCUGAGACAAUUGUUAGGACAUUUACGUGGGCCCAAUGGGAUUCAACGAAUCAGGUGUUGUAUCAUAUCCAUAAUCGUCGUGCUCCAACUAGUCUAGUAACUGAAGAAGACAAUGAAAGUCGUUCCAAGACAACGAGUUCAUGUCCAACGCUCAGUGGUCUUCAGUUCCAUGAUGAAUUACCUCAUGAAACGGUGCUCAAUAUUCCUUUAAAUUUACCACGACCUCCUAGUACAGGAAACUGUGGAACUUACGAAGACGAUGUGAUUCCUUUAAGAGUUCAUGACUGUUCUUUAGACCUUAUAGUUAUUUCAGACCCCAAGGGAAUGGUCUGUGUAUGCCACCAUUAUCUCUAUCGACCAGUUCAGCCGCCUCAGCAUGUCCUAGACGCAUCACUCAGUGACUCAAAUACAGUUCACUUUGCGUACUCAGUAACUCUGCUCCAUCACAGCUGUGUUAUUCACUGUGUCGUACCUGGGAUACCCUGGUCUCAAGCUAAACUGAUGCGCCCAACUUUUGCUAUAGCCGGUGACUACAUGGUAGUCUUUGUUCAAGGAUCGUUUACUCAUCUACUGGAAAUCGGAGCAACUCAUGACCCCAGUUGUCAUAUUCUCUGCGGACCUUUACCAACAAUUUAUUCACACGCUUCAUAUUUAGUACCACUGUUGGAUCUCAAUAGCAAUAAAACAGUCGGGAAUAAUAAAAAAAUGAGCUUUGCUGAAGCACAAGAAGUAUCAAAUAUUAUGACGAUAGAUUUACCGACACUAGAUUUAAUGCCACUAACAAUCACCACAGAUUUUCUGAUUGAUGUCUUUAAAAAAGAGUCGUCUGUACACGUAAGACUCGGAAUAAUUCAUUACUUUAUGUGUCAUAGACACGAUCUAGAAGUCGUUGCUGGACUUGUGUCGAUAAUUUCUGAAAAACCUCGCGCUCUCGAUGUCGUUAAAUUUAUGCAAGAAAUAUUAAUCGGUAAUUCGUAUUCUUUAGUACAAAAAAAUUUACUUCCUGACGCAAUUCCACUGCUUUCAUUACUCCCAAUUACGACUGUCGAAGAAUGUGUCGGUUAUGAUGCUAAAAUUAGCGAACUGAGUAUAACACUGAGUCAUGAAAAAUUAUGGAACACAUCUGUGAUGCUGUUGUCUCCUCAGCAGCGACUGGUGCCCUACAGAAGUGAUUUAUGGACACGGCUGUGGGAUAAUCUUGGAAAAAGAAGUGAAAGCAAACCUAGAUUUAAAUUUAGUCAGAUAACUGAAAAAUUGUUGGUGUCAUUAGCGUGUUAUCAACCGGAAGUACUGUCAAGAUCUAGCACACCAAUGUCCCCAAGUGGAGGAUUAGUUUUAGCAACUGGAUCUUUUGGUGACUUGAUGAGUAAUCGCAGUAAUAAAAUUUUAGACUCUGCAUUACCGUUUAUAGAAGUGGAAAAUUGUACGGCAUCACGGCAAGAGCAUAUCGUUGCUGUUAAUUUACGCGAAUUGUCAAUGUAUUUAUUGAAACAUGCCACUAACGCUCCAGCUACUUCAUAUGUCUCAUGUACGCCUCUGCAAGUCCACGCGAUGGCAACCAGACAUAUAGCAGCCCAACUAGAAAGCUCAAGAUCACUUUGUCAAAUGUUAUGUCGUGCUGCUAAUGUUGACCCUCGAUUAGAACAAGAGCGCGGUUUUGUUCUUAUAGAUCAAUUAGAUGAAACUAGAAGAAAUUUACUCUUUACUUUAUUAGAACGUUAUCGUUACGCUAUCGAACUGAUUGCAUUCCCUGUACCACAAGGGUUUUCAUCAUUUUUUACAUAUCUAGGCUACCGUAGUCUUAAGUAUCCCAUGUUUUUACAGUACGUUGAGCGAUCUGUCUUUGAAUUACAAGUCGAUGUUACUAAAAUCAUUAUCGCAGAUAUCAGUGACACUAAAGAAAACGCUACCAAGAAAUUGCAUUUGCUGUCACUACUACCAAGAUCCCGUGCUAAAAGACUAUUGAAUCAGUGGCUACACCCUGUGAGCUUCAUGAUACGAGCUCGCGAACACGCUGGUAAUAUUUUAUCAGGUGAAAUUUGUCAGAAUCGUGUAAGAACUUCGCAACACUGUCAUCGGCACAACGAACUCGCUGCUUUCCCUUCAGCUGAUCGGCUGUCUCCUCUCGAUACUUUCCUUGACUUGUUAACUGCCAAAGCAAGUCUUGCAGAACUAGACUUUGGUCUGCUUAUAGAAGCAACUGUCACUUCCACAGAGGACUUCCUUUAAAUUAUAUAUGAUGUAUAUUAAAAUUUUUAUUUUUGCUCAACUAUUUGGUUUGUAAUAAUGGCAAAGUUUACUUAGUAGUUAUUUAUUUUUUUGAUUUAUAUUGAGACAUAUUAAUUAAAUUUUUUUGUUUUAUUAAAAGUUAAAUGUCUGAGUGCCAUGUAAAUAGUACAACUAAAUCUAAUUAUUUGAUGUAUGGUUAUUGCCCUUAAUUAAGUUAAUCGUGCUCUUCUCAGGUGAAAGUAGAGCAGCAUCCAGUAUUGAAUUCCUUUAAUUGUUAUUUAGUAAAUUUAUUAUAUAAUUAUAGUUAUAUAUUUAUAGUGUAAAAAAAUAAUUUUAUGUUAUUAAUGGGUUGUCUUUAAAUGAUUAUGUUUAAUAUAUAAUU